AUUACUGAAAGCCACAAGGAUUCCCGGUAGUUUCUCAGAAACUGCUUGCAGCUUUGGAUCUUUGCCUAGAUUAGAAGGACCUUGGAAUUGGAUCCCAGAAGAGGGGUUGCUGCAAACACAGCCGGCUGGAUGUUUUGAUGCGCUCUCCGGCUCUGCAAGGGGCAGUAGCAGUAAAGAAGGAGUCAGUCAGUCAGUCAGUCAGUCAGUCAGUGGGCCAUUUGAAGUGUUGCGAAACCUGACGCCCCGCCAGCCGGCUGCUUUAAAUAUCCAUCCACAGGCAGCAGAGCGAGCGCUCUAGCACCGGGAGCUGUGCGGGGAACCCCGGCAGAUAGAACGGAGCCCGGAGCCGGUGAGCUGAGCUGUACUGACCUGACCGGACCUGACCGGACCCGCUGCCUGCGAGGCCAUGGAUCGCUUGACAGGGCUAGGGGGUACGAUCAGCACCAGGCGGACCGUGCUGGCUCUGGCAGCUGGGCUGGGAGCAGCCGCCGGCCUGGGACUGGGAUUCCUCGGAGCCAGGCAUCUGUGGGCAAUGUUCCGAGCAAGUCGAGAGCAGCACGAACUGGUCAAAGUGGCCGAAAUCUCCAGGAUCUUCAUUUACCCCGUCAAGUCCUGCAAGGGCAUCUCCCUGACCGAGGUGGAGGUCUACGAAUUGGGACUGAAGAAGGGCCCGUUGAAGGACAGGCAGUGGCUAAUCGUUGAUGAGAAAUGGCAUAUGAUUACUGGUAGAGUGGAACCUACCUUAGUGCUCGUCACUGUAUCAGAUGAAAAUGGCUAUCUGUGUCUUAAUGCACCAGGUAUGGAAGAACUGAAGGUCCCUUUGAAGCUGCCAAAAUCAAAUCCAGUGAAGAUGUGCAGAGUGUGGGGAAGCUGUGUUGAAGGAAGAGACUCUGGUGAUGAAGCUGCCAAUUGGAUCAGCACCUAUUUAAAACAUAGCAAGGCUUUCCGAAUGGUGAACUAUGAACCUUCAAUGAAGCCAAGAAAUCCUAAAGACAAGGAAUCACUUUUCCGGGUCAAAGAUAAGACUGUCUACAAUGAUCUUAGUUCCUGCAUGAUGAUGUCUGAGGCAACCGUUAAAGAUUUUAACACCAAAUUGGAGAAAAAAGUUAAGAUGGAGAAUUUCAGGCCUGUACUUGUGGUGAAGGAUUGCAAGCCAUAUGCAGAGGAUACUUGGAAAGACAUACAGAUUGGGACUACAAAGUUGUGUCGUGCAAUGUCUUGCACAAGAUGCAUCUUCACAACAGUUGAUCCAGAUACAGGAGUCAUAGACAGGAAGGAACCGCUCGAUACACUCAAAAGAUUGCGCCAGUGUGACCCAGCUGAGAAACACAUUUACAAAUCUGUCCCCAUCUUCGGCUCGCACUAUGGAAUUGACAAACCUGGAGUGAUUCGAAUAGGCGACCCCGUGUUUAUGGUUGUUAAACAUUAGGAGUGCACAUUGACAAAUGCCGAUCCUCCUGUAAAAUUAUUACCUGUUUAAUAUAAUUCUUGCUAGUUGCACUUCUUGUUAAAAGAUUUCUAAAUUAAUUACUUAAAACCAGAUUUUCCAGCUGAACUCUGCCAAUAUGUAAUACUCCUUUCUAAAAUUGGCAGAUUAAAUUUUAUAAAACAUUUUUACUAAGUUCUAUUGGCAUGAAACAUUUAAAUUACCCUUGUAAAUGAUCAGUUUCAUUGUUAGGAUAUUUGUAAAGAAAUUAAUUUGUAAAGAAAUUAAUUAAGAAAAUAAAAGAGAUUACUGGCCUAGAAAUUGUCUUGUGGGUUGGACAAAGAAACUCAUCUCAGAAUGGGAUUAGGUACUUGAUACAUACUUAAAAUAGAGUGUUUACCUUGUUCUGGUCCUCCAUUCGCAAGGCCAGUGGAGACAUCUGGUCACAUGUUGGGGCUUUGAAUAACAGGCCUGUCAUAUUUUGACAUUGGCUGAAAUUCAUUUGUGCACAAACAGCAUGUCCCUCAUACAGAGUCAACAAGACUGGUCAGAUAUCUUUGUGCAUUUCUAGUGUCACAUGAUCCAUAGCUUUGGGGUUCGAUGCAUGGAUCCUCAAAGGUUGAUCACCUUUUCCUACCCUAGCACCUCUCACAGCAUGUAAACCUGGGACCACCACCAUGACCCAAGCUGGAUUACACCCCCAACCGCCCCACCAUCACCUCUACCGUAAAUGUACUCUCCCUGGCUGAUUACAAACGCCAUUGUAACACAUGAGGUCCUGUUUUCCUUUCACUCAACCUCUAUGUCUCUCUCAGGGCACCAUAGACAUCGCAUGUGACAACUUGACAAAGCAUGUUUUGUAUCCUUCCUAAUUUCUUAACCCCCCCACUUCCACAUUCAGUGAAUAUUUUUAGGUGAAGAACAAUUUUUAGGCCAUCUUUAAUCUUAGUUAUCAAUUGGGUUUUUAAAUACCUAAAAUAUCAAACAUACAUAGAAACAUAGAAAAUGGGUGCAGGAGGAGGCCAUUCAGCCCUUCGAGCCAGCACCGCCAUUCAUUGUGAUCAUGGCUGAUCGUCCCCUAUCAAUAAUCAGUGCCUGCCUUCUCCCCAUAUCCUUCGACUCCACUAGCCCCUAGAGCUCUAUCUAACUCUCUCUUAAAUCCAUCCACUGCCCUCUGUGGCAGGGAAUUCCAUAAAUUCACAACUCUCUGGGUGAAAAAGUUUUUUCUCAGUCUUAAAUGACCUCCCCUUUAUUCUAAGACUGUGGCCCCUGGUUCUGGACUCGCCCAACAUUGGGAAAAUUUUUCCUGAAUCUAGCUUGUCCAGUCCUUUUAUAAUUUUAUAUGUUUCUAUAAGAUUCCCCCUCAUCCUUCUAAACUCCAGUGAAUACAAGCCUAGUCUUUUCAAUCUUUCCUCAUAUGACAGUCCCGCCAUCCCAGGGAUCAAUCUCGUGAACCUACGCUGCACUGCCUCAAUCACAAGGAUGUCCUUCCUCAAUUUAGGAGAGCAAAACUGUACACAAUACUCCAGAUGUGGUCUGGAGACAAGGACGCCGAGGUCUCGCUGCACCUCCCACUUACCUAACCUAACCUAACCCCAUUGAGAUAAUAAUCUGCCCCCUUGUUUUGGCCACCAAAGUAGAUAACCUCACAUUUAUCUAUAUUAUACUGCCACACAUCUGCCCACUCACUCAACCUGUCCAGGUCACCGUGCAACCUCCUAACAUCCUCUUCACAGUUCACACUGCCAUCCAGCUUUGUAUCAUCUGCAAACUUGCUCGUGUUGCUCCUAAUUCCCUCUUCCAAAUCAUUAAUAUAUAUGGUAAACAGUUGCGGCCCCAACACCGAGCCUUGCGGCACUCCACUCGCAACUUCCUGCCAUUCUGAAAAGGACCCGUUCACUCCUACUCUUUGCUUACUCUUUGCAAACAAACAGGCAGUAAUAUCACUGCACUGUACUUGGCCUCUGCAGAAAGAGCACAAAUUACUAGAUUAAUUACUUAAAAACACAUUUUCCAGCUGAUUGUAGCAAUCAUUGAAUUGUUUUCUAACACAGUAUCGUGCGUGCUGUGUUGUGCGCUUGUGUGUGUUUCAAUCCAAAAUAGCUGAGAAUGAGUUUGGUAGACGCAGGAGUAACGUUUCCAUAUUUUUAAAAGAAGUGAAAACAGCUGAUGCAAUGAAAGUGGGUUAUGGUGAGGGAAAAUAAGCAUUAAAAUAGGAAGUUUAACAUAUAUCGAGGUACUUUAUAUUAUUAUUGUCAAACUCUCUGGGGCAUGGAUAGAUUGCCGAGGAGCUGUAUUCCUGUGAACAAUUUUAGCAAUUGGUUAAAAUGUUGAGCAAUCUCCUGUUCCCAGCUGCUCACAGGCCACAGAAAUCUCCUGCAAUGCAAGCUGUGGAUUCUAAACCUCAUGUAUCUCCCAGUCUGGCUCUUUUAGUCCAUGACUUGCAGUUAGGGCAUAUUAUUUUCGUCUCCUUUCAAAGAUUUUACUGAAUUUGGUUCCCCAAGUAGCUCCUCUAAUUCACAAAAUCCAAGCCUCUAAUGAUUUUCGCAGAGGGGGCUUGUUGCUGCAGGUGGUUUAUAUAGAGCCUUCGCUCUGACGUAUUUCUCCCUGAUGGAUAUUGUAUUUUUAAACUGCAAUUCAGUGAUUGCAGCAGUCAGUUAAUUUCAGUACUUUAUGUCUCCCUGGAGUCAGCGUUGGAUGUACUCACACAGUAUACUCAGGACUAGAUAAACAGCUCACAGGCAGUGGUUAAUUGGGAAAUAAACCACAUUUUAAUGUUACAAUUGCAUAAGCUCCUCAAUUUUCAAUCCCUUUUACCUCUGCCAUUAAUCCCUUCCUGGAUGGGCAUAUGCCCAAAUUUAAUUCCAAAGCUUUGUGUGUAUAUAUAUUUCCAUGCUAUAAUUUUGUUCUCUUUGUUUGCUGACAAAGGUAGGAUAGAAUCAAUGCAUGAAAUUAGAACCACGUUUUAUUUUUAUAAUGCAAAGUGAUCAAAAUAAAUUUGGGAAAUUCAUGGCAAAACAGAUAUAUGUCUUUAAAGAAAUGGGUGUGUAGUUGCACAAUUUUUGAUAGCACAGUACUAAACUAAACAUUAAAAAAAGGAAUGGGCCUUCAGCCCACAAUGUUUAUGCUGAACAUGAUGCUGAAUCUCAUCUGCCUGUACAUGAUCCAUACCCACAUAUUCCUUGCACUUUCAUGUGCCUAUCUCAAAGCAGCUUAAACGCCACUAUCCUAUCUGCCUCCACCAUCUCCCAGGCAAUGCCUUGCAAGCCCCCACUGCUCUCUGUUGUAAAAAAAAAACCUGUCCUGCACAUCUCCAUUAAACUUUCCACCUCUCACCUUUGUAGCUGUGCCCACUUUUGUUGGACAUUUCCACCCUGGGGAAAAGGUUUUGAUUUUCAAUCCUAUCUACGUCUCCCAUAAUUUUAUAUACUUCUAUCAAGUCUCCCCUCAACCACUGACGUUCCAGAGAAAACAAUCCAAGUCUAUCCAACCUCUCCCUGUAACUGUAAUCCAUUAAUCCAGGCAGCAUUUGAUAAACCUCCUCUGCCCCCUCUCCAAAGCUUCCACAUCUUUCCUGUAAUACAGCCAGUGCCGGAUUUAGAUGAAGAGAGGCCCUCGACUAUUCCACUUGUGAGGCCCCUCCCAAUCCCCCACCCCCAUGACUAGAGGAAGAUGGAAGAGUGUUUUAAAUAAUUUGAGUAAAGCCAAGGAUGAUGACAGGUGUAUAAAAUUCCGCAAUUCGCAAUUCCUUCUCUAAUGGACAUAAAAUGUUAUUGUUAAAUACCGUAGUGAUUGGAAAAAAAAUGCAUAAAUGUUAAAAUUAACUUUGAAAAACUUUUGCUACAAACAAACUUUGUAAACAUUUUGUGGAAUAAGCAGGAAUUGUAAGGAAAAUAAAAUUGUAAGUUUACUGUUAUAUUAAAAAAAUACGUGAGCUUAAAAUAUUUAUUGUCUGGGAAGUGUUCAUAAGAUGACCAUGACUACCUGUCAGUGAUGUUGUUACACUUUUAGAUCCUGCUGUAUGGUGUCAUUAAACAGUUGGUUUUACAAUACAGAUUAAGAAAUAAACUACAAUCAUCAAACACA